CUGCUGUCACCCUGAGCAAAUCAGUCCCAUCUCUCAGUGGGAGGUAAAGCUGUGGGUGUGACUGCUGAAGACAACUCACGCAGAACUUGCAGCCGCAUCACGCCGAGCUUCCUUCCAGCGCCUGGGGUUUAAGACGAACUCGCAGAGGUUCAGUUUCACUUUGGAUGAGGACACGAAUCAAGAUGUACAGCUCCUGGGUCCUGGCACUCCUUCUUGGCCUCGGCGUUGCAGCUGGUCCUCUCGUCAGCCUCUCUACUGGCUGUAGAAACAAGAGCUUGAACUUGGAGCGGGUGAAGGCGGGCAGCAUUGUAUUGGUGCCCUGCAAUAACACGCAUGCCGACGAGGUGAGCUUCAAACUCUUCCACAACAAGGACAUCAUCAGCACUGGCAACGCGAGCGCAAGAGAGGGUGUGAAACUGGAACUGGACAAGCCCAACCAAAAAGCCUACUACCAGCUGUCGAAUGUGCAAGCCAACUGGACGGGCCUGUACAGGUGCGAGGCAGAGGUUCUGUACCCACCUCCCUACAAGAAGCUUCCGGAUGUCGAAACUGUUCUCGUUGUUGAAGAGGAGCAAUGUGUGACUCAGACAAGGAUACAGUGUCCACCUGUCAGCGACACCUUCCCCAUCUGGUGGGUCAUGGCCUGUGGGGUGCUGACUGUCUUCAGCCUGGUGAUGACCGGAAUUGCUGCAGUCCUCUGGCACAAACUUAAAAGCAAGCAGUGUUUUCAGAGCGACUACAUGAACAUGAAGCCUAGAGUGUUUAGGAAGCACCUGAGGGUCCAACACCCAGCCAGAAUGGACAGGUACUGAGAGCAUCCCGCCAGCUGUAAACCCACUUGGAAGCACCACAAGCGGACUCCCCAGUGGCACCUGUGGCCCCCCCCGGACUGAAGGAUAUGGAUUUUAAAGAACAGAGACUUGCAAAAACAACUGCUCAAAGGCUUUCGAACCAAAAACUUAAGUGUUUCACAACACAUGCAGUGAGAACACCGAUUUGUUUUCCUAUAACUGUCGGGUUUUCCCUUCAGCUCGUACUUUAGAGAAACAAAUGAUUCCUAACUCCGCCAAAGAAAACACAAAAAAAAACACGUAAAAGUUGCAAACAAACAAUUUUUGGCAGUUAGGUAUGUAGUUACUUUUGAGAAAAUAUGAGCGAGUUUUAAAAGACGCAUUUUUUUCUUACUCCUGCGAAGACCGUCUUUCAGGGAUAACUAAUGUUCCUGGGAUGUUUUCUUUGACAUGUGUCUCCGUAGGGUUGGAGAAAAUGUGUGCUAACACUUGUUACACAAAAAUGCAAACGGGAAAGCAUAAGCGUACACUAAGACACACGCAUCCGCAGCCCUCUUUGACGUUGACACAGAAAUGUACCCACGGAUGAAUACAGUUCUUUUUCACACACCCACACGCACAUCUGUCCUAAACUCUACACGAGCACAAAGGUGACCAAAAAGGCAGUGUGUAUUGCCUUGCUCUCUUCCACACACAGACACAAAAGCACACGCAUGCAGUCCUUGUACGGUAAGCAUUCCCAUAUUAUUUUAAUUAUGAGUACGGCGAGAACGUAAGAAUCUGCUCCCUGAGACCCUGGAUCGAGUCCCAUCAAUUAGCUUUCUACGAGGCGCACCACCUUACUGACCUAAAACGUUACGGGUGCGUAAAUAACUGUUCCAUAGUGCAUUAUUUUCAAAAGACCGGCAUUGGUCGUGUGUCUUUAUGUUUAUUGUCGGCUCAUUGUCGUGCCUGAAUGAGUGUGAGUGUUUCUGGAACAUUCAGAUGCUUAAUCAAAGUUUUUAAGUGUGAAAGAAAAUUGAUUAUUUAAAAAAAAAAAAAAAAAAAAAUACAGUGAUCAGCGUAUGAACCAGUGAAUGGUUAAUCAAUUGGUGAAUAAAUGUGAAUAAAUGAUGAAGAAAUGUGUUUGUGUGAAUUGCAAUUCGUCGCCCUGAACCUAGGAAACAGCU